AGGCAAUUGAAUUAUAUAUAUAUUGUAUAAAAAAAAUUAAAAGAUUAAAAAUAUAACAUGUAUUUUUGUGUAGAUGGCAUAUCAUAGAGAAUAUUCUUUCAUUAUAAUAAUAAUAAAAAGAAAAGUAAAAUAAAGCAAGGUAAAUAAUAACAAGAAGAAGAAGAGGAAGAAGAAAAAGAAGAAAAGUAACCGCCAUAAAAGGGGUGCAGAAAGAGAGAGAGAGAGAGAGAGAAAAUAAGACGCGUUAAUGAGUCGUGUUCUGUAAAAGACAUGCAAGACAAGGGAGCUAAAGGUAUACAAGAUGUUGGCUCCUUUUUUGAUGCAUGUUGUACAGGGCAAGUAACAACAAUGAAUGUCUGUGUACACGAAUUGAUCAAUGAAACCGAUGCAGGGAUGAUGCAUGUAAAACGAGCCGAUGAAUGGUGUUGAGCGAUGAAUACAGAAACAAGACAGGUGUUUGAGAGAGAGAGAGAGAGAGAGAGAGAGAGAGAGAGAGAAAUAAAUGGAAAUCGAGAGGGCGAAAAAGAGAGCGAAAAAGAGAGAGUAGGAGUAAGGAGUAAAAUUUGAUACGGUGAAACACUUUUUUUUGUUUUUUUUAAAAAAAAGGUAUUUGAUGAAAAAGAUAAUAAUAAUGGUAGUAAUAAAAAUAAAUUAUAAGAUAGAUAGAUAGAAUGAUAGAGAUAUAUACGUGUGUAUGUAUGU